AUGAUAUCUUCAGUCAAAUGGUGGGCUAAAUUCAAUUUGCCCCGCAUAUUUGAAAUUGUUCAUGAAGAAUUUCCAUCUAGUCAAUAUGCUCCAACUCCUGCAAUGGUUAAAGCCCAGCAGAUCCCAACUGCUGCAAUCAGUCAAGGAAGUCAGCCCAGCCUUCCUCCAAUCAAUCUUGGAAGCCCCUCAUCCAGUGGUUCCAAGCCCAAAUCCAAACCAGUUCAGUCAGCACAUUCAAAAUCAAAGGCUAAGUCCAAAGCUUCUCCAGCUCCGGCCCAGCCCAAAAAUCAGUCCAAAUCAAAAUCCAAAACAAAGGCUAAGCCCAUUUCACCUCCUGCUCAGCCCAAGGCUAAAUCCAAGGUCAAGCCCAAGUUAUCCAGAGAUGAAUUGCUCCAAUUAGCAAGACAAAUUACAGACCAAGCUGAAGCCCAAUCUGCUUCUAGUUCAGACCGUUCAGACCAAUCAGAAGAAGGAUCAGUCAGCUCACAUUCUUCUGAAGAAUCAACUAAUCAAUAUUCAGGCCCAGAGUUCCAAGAUGCUCAGGACCCAUUUGCUUAA